ACAGUAAGCAUUCCGGAUCACAGACAGCUCAUUAAUGGGAACUCACUGACUCCUUCAAUACCAAAUCGAGAAAUCCCACAGGAGAAAGUGGAACUCGCGAUCAUCUCAGCAGGUUAGAUAGAUCUUACUUCGCCGGAAAAUGUCACGCCGAUCCGGAGCUUGCCUGCGGUGUUGCCUGGUGGUUUUCGCGGUGGCUUCCGCUUUGGCCGUGUGUGGCCCUGCUUUGUACUGGAGAUUCAAAAACACUAUCAACCUUCACAAUUCCAAACUCUCCUGUCCUCCUUGCGUUUGUGACUGCCCUCCUCCCUUGUCCCUUCUGCAGAUUGCUCCUGUCCUUCGACAGUGGAACGUGGUUUCAGAGAGGUUCGAACUUCAGCGGUUGGUCUCGUUCUGGGAUUUGCUGAAAACGGACAAUAAAAUCUCUUUUUUCCCUACUAAUUUGGAGUUGAGCAUUUAUACUAUUGUUAUUACCGAUAGUGGGUUCACAGAUUUCUUCUUGUUUGAGCAUUGGGAUUUUACCUGGAAAAAUAUGAGAUUCCGUUAUCCAUUUUCAUGAUCAGUCUGUCCAAGUAAAAGCGGAGCAGAUCGCCCAUUUAGAAUACAUGAUCUAAGUUUCUUUUUUGAUUAAUGAUAACAAAGGAUAUACAUUUCUUUGGGAGGGUCACUGAAACUUAAUGUUGGGCAUCCGCUCGGUGUUUCUCUUCCACCUCCCUCAUCACUCGUGAGCUGCAGUUAGACCUCACAUGCUUCAAUCUUGCCCUCCAGAUUAUGGCGUUUUCUUAUCCUUUUGUAGUUCAAGUUACCUGACAUUAAUUGUGAAGAACGCGCGGCUACACUUGUUAAAUACUAUAUAAUAUCUCCAGGACUGAAUGACACCUUUUUUGGGGUUAGGUUUACUCAAGCCACAGGCGAAAACUCUAUGGUUAUAAUUUAUAAAUAGGUAAGCCGGCCGGGGAAAAAAAAAAAAAAAAAGCGCAUGCACAAGAAAAAUUAAAAAGCAACAAGUUUGCUUCUCUUACCGCGGUUCAAGAAUAUCUAAUAUUGAGAGCCUUAUGAGAACUCAUUUCAUGUUUCACCUUUGUAGUUUUUAUGUGCUUCACCAGUGCGGACAGAAAUUUCAUAUGUGCGUGCGAGCGAAAAUUACUUAUUUAGUUUCUCGGAUAGGCCAGCAGUUAAUUUCUGGUAGACAGAGAGCUGUGACUUUCCAAUGAAAUGCGGGCUCUCUCCAUUAUGAUGGUCCACUAAAUGAAUUCACUUAAUCCAGUUGCCCAAUCUCUCUCCACUGUUACGAGGAGUUGUCUUGAAUGUUAAAUUUGCGAAGUGGGAAAUAUAUGUUUUUACUAUGGAUAUUGUGGAAAUUUCCCCAUGCCUACCUUACCAAAUGACGGCUUCAUUUCUUAAAGUGUCAACUAGUUUCUCCUUUCUAUAAACGACUACUUUCAUAUGCAGUUUGGCCCUCGACUCUUGUUAUUUAUAUGCAUUUAAUUACAUGUUUGCAAAUUUAUGGCUAUCAAUAUAGAGAUCUAUGCAAACUUUGCCCUUCGGCUGUUAUUUUGUUUAGUUGUGAAUUCUUAUUAAUGUAUGUUUCUAAUUUAUUUUUAUGUGUUACUAAAGCUUGGCUACUAAUCUAAACUGAUUCAUUUCUCUUGUUCUUGUUCCU